CUCCACUGCAGUGCACUUCAGCUGAACCUCGGCGCGCGCGCUGAGCUCCGGCACCGGCGGUGCGCGCGCAUCCGGUGCUUCUCAGGCGGAGAAGCCGCACUCGCCUGUAUGUCCGCCAAAAGCAGGCUGUCCAAAUACCAUAAAAGGGUAUCAGUGCCCGCGGAUGAUGAUGAGCAGUGUUGGAAAGAGGAGAACGGCGGUGUGGAUGCACGUUACCUGAAAUCCGUGAAGAGUGCCAGAGACGCGGCGCACUACUACCGCUACAACAUGAAAACUCUGGACUCUUUUCCAGCACGGAGGAUGACCCUGCAGCGUGAGAAGGGACGUCGGCAGGCAGUCCGUGGUCCAGCAUUCAUGUUUAACGCACGUGGAAGCAGCCUGACAGCCGAGGAGGAACGUUUCCUCGAUGCAGCCGAGUACGGCAACAUCCCGGUAGUGCGUAAGAUGCUGGAAGAGUCAUCCACCCUUAACGUGAACUGUGUGGACUACAUGGGCCAAAAUGGGCUGCAGUUGGCUGUGGGCAAUGAGCACCUGGAGGUGACUGAGCUGCUCUUGCGGCGAGAGAACCUGGCACGUGUUGGCGAUGCCCUCCUGCUGGCCAUUUCAAAGGGCUAUGUGCGCAUUGUGGAGGCACUGCUGGGCCACCCGUCAUUCGCUGGUGGAGAGAGGCUCACGCGCAGCCCACGCGAGCUGCAGGACGACGACUUUUAUUCAUACGACGAAGACGGGACUCGCUUCUCACCUGACAUCACACCCAUCAUCCUAGCCGCCCACUGCCACAAGUACGAAGUGGUGCACAUGCUGCUGAUGAAAGGUGCGCGCAUUGAGCGGCCGCACGACUACUUCUGCAAGUGCGCCGACUGCACAGAGAAACACAGGAAGGACUCGUUCAGCCACUCCAGGUCCAGAAUCAACGCCUACCGUGGUCUGGCCAGCCCGGCAUACCUCUCGCUCUCCAGUGAAGACCCUGUUCUCACUGCCCUGGAGCUCAGCAAUGAGCUCGCCAAACUGGCCAACAUCGAGAAGGAGUUUAAGAAUGACUACAGGAAAUUGUCUAUGCAGUGUAAGGACUUUGUGGUGGGCGUGCUGGACCUGUGCAGGGACACAGAGGAGGUGGAGGCCAUCCUGAAUGGAGACGUAUCUGCGGAGCUGGAGGAGGGUCAGCACCAUCGCUCUCUCCUCAGCAGAGUCAAACUGGCUAUCAAAUAUGAAGUCAAGAAGUUUGUGGCCCAUCCUAACUGCCAGCAGCAGCUGUUGACUAUCUGGUAUGAGAACCUGUCAGGUCUCCGAGAGCAGUCCAUCGCAGUGAAGUGUCUGGUGGUGCUGGUGGUAGCUCUAGGCCUCCCCCUGCUGGCUGUGGGGUAUUGGUUUGCUCCAUGCAGCAAGCUGGGUAAAGUCCUGCGCAGUCCCUUCAUGAAGUUUGUGGCACAUGCUGCGUCCUUCAUCAUCUUCCUCUGCCUGCUGGUCUUUAAUGCAUCUGACCGGUUUGAAGGCAUUAGCACUCUGCCCAACGUCACGGUCACAGACUACCCACUGCAGAUCUUCAGAGUGAAGACCACUCGCUUCUCAUGGACCGAGAUCCUCAUCAUGGUGUGGGUGGCAGGCAUGAUGUGGUCGGAGUGUAAGGAGCUAUGGACAGAAGGGCCAAGGGAAUACAUCCUGCAGCUGUGGAAUGUUCUGGACUUUGGCAUGCUGUCCAUCUUCAUUGCAGCUUUCACUGCCCGCUUCUUCGCCUUCAUGCAGGCCAUGAAAGCGCAGGAGUAUGUGGAUGAGAAAAUCCAUGCCGCUGACCUCUCUCUGGUCACGCUGCCACCCGAUAUCAAGUACUUCACGUACGCGAGGGAUAAAUGGCUUCCCUCAGACCCUCAGCUCAUCUCAGAGGGCCUGUAUGCCAUUGCUGUUGUGCUGAGCUUCUCUCGUAUUGCCUACAUCCUCCCAGCCAACGAGAGCUUCGGCCCGCUGCAGAUCUCUCUAGGACGUACCGUGAAGGACAUCUUCAAGUUCAUGGUGCUCUUCAUUAUGGUCUUCCUCGCAUUCAUGAUUGGCAUGUUCAUCCUCUACUCUUACUAUCUGGGAGCUAAGGUUAACCCUGCCUUUACCACAGUGGAGGAAAGUUUUAAAACUUUGUUCUGGUCCAUAUUUGGCUUGUCUGAAGUCUCCUCCGUGGUCCUGAAGUACGACCAUAAAUUCAUAGAGAACAUCGGCUACGUCCUGUAUGGGAUAUAUAACGUAACUAUGGUGGUGGUUCUGCUGAACAUGCUCAUCGCUAUGAUCAACAGCUCCUACCAGGAGAUAGAGGAUGACGCAGACGUGGAGUGGAAGUUUGCCAGGUCUAAACUCUGGCUGUCAUAUUUCGAUAAUGGUAAAACCCUGCCACCUCCCUUCAGCAUCGUGCCCAGCCCCAAGUCCUUCGUCCACUGCAUCAGCAAACUCAUUAGCCUGUUGCGUUGCCGACGGCGACAGCUCAACAAAGAUGUAGAGCUCGGCAUGGAGAACUCCAAGUCUAGACUAAACCUGUUCACGCAGUCCAACAUGCACAUGAGUGAGUCGCACAGCUUCAACAGCAUCCUCAACCAGCCCACGCGCUACCAGCAAAUUAUGAAGCGGCUCAUAAAGCGUUACGUCCUGAAAGCACAAGUGGACAAAGAGAACGAUGAAGUCAAUGAAGGCGAGCUGAAAGAGAUCAAGCAGGACAUUUCUAGUCUGCGCUACGAGCUUUUGGAGGACAAAUCCCAGGCCACAGAGGAGCUCUCUACGCUCAUUCAAAAACUCAGUGAAAAAAUUCACGCAUCAUAAUCUUAUCCUGGGACAGUGAGCGUCUCUCGAACAGCCGGGAUGCUGCAGAUCAUCACACCCCAGAUGAUAUGAUUAAUUCAGUUGUGGCUUUUCUUUUGCCAGCGGUAUGCAGAUUGAGUUUUUGUUGACACCUGCCACAACAAGCCAAGUGUGUCAGUGUGUCAGUUUGAAGAUUCAGCAUUACGUUGUUGAAAAUUUCUCCCUCAUAUACACACACACUCACACAUAUACAUAAAUCCACUGUCUGGAUUUAGCUCUAGGUUUAAUUCGUACAGAGCAUGGAGAGCAGGAAUAUAUCUAUCACUAAACCCAUCAAUUUAACUUUCAAUAAUUCUAUCAAUAAAUAAACCAAUGAUGUGUUUAUUUAGCACAGGGGUUCCCAAACUAGGGGUUGGCAGCCCAUGUGGGGUCAUUUGAUUUAAGAGAAACUUGUAUUAUUAACUUAUUUUACAAAGUAAUAUUAUGAGUAUUGCUCUAACUAAGUAAUCACAGCCAUAUGAAGAGUGUGCAUGAUAUUUCAGCAAUAAAAAUGGACAUCUACCUCCACUAAUUCCUUGACAACAUCAAGUGACUCAGACUCAGUGAAGAAGUCAAGAAAACAAACACAAACACAUGCCAAAACAUUUACUGAAUAUGAAUUUAUAUUGAAGUCCUAAAUUAUAAAU